UCGGUACAGUUASUAUACAGUAAGUACAUUUUGUAUAAACAAGUUUGUUUUUGUUGGUAAAAUGAGAAGCUUUUAUCGUUUCGCUGUGGCGGCAUUUGUUUCACUUAUUCACAUSGGUGUCCAAGGAAAUUCGAUCUCAAGUGGUUUGCAGGCGACGCCUAGUUUUAGUACCGUGGUAAUCAAGUCAACCCCAAGUUACGUAGCAACAGUUCAAGCUACGCCAGCGAUACAGCUCCCGUCGAGUUUUGCUACAUUGGUUUCUCSUUCAGCAAGUUCAGUUGCUGUGGUGACCAGCUCUACAGUUGUCGAGAUUUAUCAAACGAGCAUAACAUGCAGCGAGAAUUACAUGGAAAUARUCAUCAAURCACGYAAAUAUCCACACCUUAAGCCAGAAGACUUCCACUUAAGACACAAAACAUGUCGUGCUCAAGUAAGUGGAGACAAAAUUGGCCUAAAAACUGACUUAAAUGCAUGUGGAACCACGAUUGAAGAGACCGCUGACACCAUUACUUACAAGAACGCSGUAAGAGCCUUCAAUACAAGUGGUCAGUYAUCAAAUAGCACGAUAACACGUGACAGCAACUUGGAGUUGCCAUUCAAUUGUACUUACAACAGAAAAAAGUAUGUGAGUUCAACGAGAUUYGAACCUCGCAGGAGAGUCGAUGUGGUGGAAGGUUCGUUUGGCAAUUUCACGUUCACGAUGGACUUGUAUCGCGAUAAGGAGUACAUCACCAAAUACCARCCAAGUGAUUAUCCAAUCAAAGUCCAGCUCAAUGAUCCUGUAUUCGUACGAUACGAAGUGAAAUCAUCCAAAGGUGGUCUCCACGUCUUUGCUGAAAAGUGCUUAGCAACGACAACCCAUAGCGAAAAGACAGUCCCUAGUUACCUAUUUCUUGACAACGGAUGCGCAAAAGAUGAAACCAUGGAAUACAAUUACUCUCCGAAUAGAGUCCAAAAUUUCACCAUUGGUGCGUUUCGAUUCAUUGCUGACUACCCUGUAGUGUACCUACAYUGUUUGCUUGUGGUUUGUCACAAAACCUCAAAUACAUCGAAGUGCGCUAUUGGCUGUCCCCAUGGUAAYAACCAUAGACCGAAGAGAGAUGUAUCACGUGACAAACAAAUCAAAGAGUCUGGUUUAUACCAUUUGUCAUCUGGAGCUUUGAUGUUGAAGAAAGACGAUCCGUCUGAAGUCGCUGGUUACUUGGAUGGUGGUUUGCCUCGCUGGUUGCUUGGUGAUUGA